AUCGUUGGUACAUGCCAGGGAGGUCGACGGUGCCGAGAGGAAGACCCUUGGCGGUGCAAGUACAAGAUGCCGAGCUGCACCAUCACGUGGAGCUUUACGUGCCGCUUCCCUUACUCCUUCGGCUGGAUGUGCUACCGUUCCUGAUGCUGUAUAGCACCCUUUCCAUGUGCAACUGUCAAGCACGUGAAGGCCAAGGCUUCGUGGUAGCGAUUGCUCUUGUGUUCUUUCUGCAUGCUCUGGCGUUCUUCUCAAGCGAAUGGAGCGUUGCAAUCAAGGUCUGGAACGCGUACACAAAGAUCUCCAUGUCGACAGACGUGCUGAAGACUUGUGCAUUUCCACACGGCGUCGUGGUGAUGAUUGACCCAGUGUCAUCGUCCCUUGCCAAGGAAUUGUGUCUCUUGCACUGGAACAGCGACACCGCGCAUGUGGAUGCCAAGGCGUCGGUGGCGAUCCCACGCGUAUGGUUUUCAUAUCAAAAGCUCCGCUUCUGCGUGUACGCGACGAUGGACGAUGACGAGGAUGGUGCGACGAUGGUCUUCCACCGACUUAGCUAUCCCACGACGCAUGCGUUGCAGUACUACACCCAGCACACAGGGUAUCACUCGUUGGCAGAGCUGAAUGCUGCGUCGGCACGUUGGCAAGACAACGAGUUUGACAUCCCGAUGCCUGAGUUUUGGGAAUUGCUCAAGCAGCACUUGGUGGCGCCGUUCUUUGUGUUUCAGUUCUUCUGCAUGCUGCUGUGGUGUUUGGACGAGUACAUGUACUACUCGCUGCUAACAUUGGGCAUGCUGGUGCUGUUUGAGUGCACAUUAGUCAAGCAACGACAGCAGAAUAUGGGGUUGUUGAGGCAAAUGCGCCGACCUCCCGUGCGGAUGCUCGUGUACCGCCAGAAAACGUGGAUCGAAAUCCAAAGUCGGUCCCUUGUACCUGGAGAUAUUUGCUCCAUCGGUCGCCCCAAACCCAUCCAUCGCGGCCAAGACAUGUCGGAGCACGUCAUUCCAUGUGAUAUGCUUGUGCUCCACGGUGGAUGUGUGGUGAACGAAGCCAUGUUGUCGGGUGAAUCGAUUCCACUGCGCAAGGAAAUGCUAGAUGUAUCGCAAUACGACGCCGAUACUGUCUUUAACAUGGACGAGAACGUGGCGACGGUCAAAAAGCACAUUUUAUAUGGAGGCACCAAGGUGUUGCAAUUCACGGCGGCGAAUUCGGCCAUCCAUGCCUCGUCGAUCCCAGAUCCGCCAGAUAAGGGCUGCAUUGCGUUCGUGCUGCGUACUGGCUUUGGAACGACCCAGGGCAAUCUCAUGCGCACGAUCCUGUUUUCGGCCCAGCGCGUGACAGCCAACAACAUGGAGUCGAUGUUGUUCAUCUUGUGUUUGCUGUGUUUUGCGCUAGUGGCGUCGGGUAUGGUGCUGCAUCAGGGCCUGCAAGACCCCACACGCAACACGUUCAAGUUGUUUUUGCACUGUGUGAUGAUCAUCACGUCGGUGGUACCUCCGGAGCUGCCCAUGGAGUUGUCGCUGGCCGUGACCAACUCGCUCUUGUCAUUGUCAAAACGGAACAUCUUUUGUACGGAACCGUUCCGGAUUCCGUUUGCAGGCAAAGUGGAUGUCGUGUGCUUUGACAAAACCGGCACCUUGACCAGCGACGCGCUGGAAAUGCACGGUGUCGCAGGUUUACUCGCGACGAGCGUGGUGCCAUUGGACAACCCGGUGCAACUGGUCGCGCCUACCGCCCUCCCCACGUCCGUCCAGCUGAUUCUCGCGGGCUGCCACUCAUUGAUGGUCGUGGACGGCAAAGUGCUGGGCGAUCCACUGGAAACGACCAUCUUGUCCCAUGUAAAAUGGAACUUACGCCCCGGCGACGUCCUCGUGCCGCACUGGUCGUUCUCACCAGGCCCGAAAUCCAUGAAGAUUGUACAUCGAUAUGCGUUUUCGUCCGAGUUAAAGCGCAUGAGUUCAAUUGUUGUAGUCGAAGCUCCAACAACUAGUAGUACUGGCAUGUCGUCGGCGUCGUCGUCGGUGAAAUUGCUAUCGAAAGGUGCGCCAGAAGUGAUGGAAUCGCUCUUCGAAACGAUCCCACACUAUUAUACCAAAGUGUACACGCAUUAUGCAAUGAAAGGAUGCCGCGUGCUGGCGCUCGGGUCCAAGUCUCUCUCGACGCGGGACCUCCAGCGUUUCAAGACAAUUGCUCGGUCCAAGAUGGAAACGGAUUUGGUCUUUGGUGGGUUUGUCGUGCUGGACUGCCCCCUCAAACCGGACACGGCCGACGUCAUCUUGCACCUCAACAAGUCCAACCACAAGCUUGUGAUGAUCACGGGAGACAAUGCGCUCACGGCAUGCGACGUUGCUACACAAAUUCAACUGACAGCCGCCCACCCCAGAACGCUAGUGUUGCAACGAACGCUACCAUCAUCGUCGACGCUGGCAUGGGUGGACCUACUCACUCCACCACGUGUACAAGAAGCAUCGCCGCCCCCCAUCGCAUUCACGUCCGAGACGGUGGCCUCGUUGGCGAUAUCUGCGACACUGUGCGUGCCAGGCGAUGUCUUAUCCAUCUUGACUCUGUCCCAACUCCAAGUCGUGGCGUGCCAUGCGCGGGUGUUUGCACGGACGUCUCCGGCCCAGAAAGAAAUGAUCGUCGAUGCUCUCAACCAGUACGUGUCUCCUUGUGAUACAUCAGCAUCCUCCUUCCAUGUUUGAUCGUCCAAUGCAUAAUAGAACGAACCCCCCCAUACAUAUUGUACAGUACACGUCAUGGAGACAUUAGGAUGCCAAAAUCACCUUGGAUUGGGUGACAUGUUGUCCAAAUAUUCGAGUACUUUGUCCAAAUAUUCGUGUACUUUGUCGAAUAUUCGUGUACUUUGUCGAAAUAUUCGUGAAUUUUAUCCAAAUAUUCGUAUACUUUAUCCAAAAUUCGUAUAUUUUAUCCAAAUAUUCGUGAACUUUAUCCAAAUAUUCAUGUCAUAUGGCGCAAUAAUCGUUGUGUUUUUAUGAAAAAGUCGACUUGUUUUGAUUGAAAUUGUUGUAUACAAUGAACUUGAGUGAUGAUGGCACUUAGGAGUGGGUUGAUUACGGCCAUGUGCGGCGACGGCACCAACGACGUCGGCGCGUUGAAGCGCGCGCAUGUCGGCAUCUCCAUCAUCAACACCCCCGACGACGACCAUCGUCCGUCCCCAUCCUCCUCUUCGCCUCACCCACAUGUGGUCAAGUUUGGCGAUGCUUCGAUUGCGUCUCCAUUUACAUCCAAGCAGCCAAGCAUCCACGCCACGGCGCAGAUCUUGUGCCAGGGGCGCUGCACCCUCGUCACGACUGUCCAGAUGUACAAGAUCCUUGGCAUCAACUGCCUCAUCUCGGCGUACGUGCUCAGCUCGCUCUACAUGCACGGCGUCAAGCAGGGCGACGCGCAGAUGACCGUCGUGGGAGUCGUGAUCGCGCUCUUCUUUCUCUUUCUGUCAUACGCGACGCCACUCGACCGCCUCUCGGCCCGCCGCCCCCUCACGCGCGUGUUUUGCGCGUCCGUGCUGGUGUCCAUAUCAGGGCAGUUCGCCGUGCACUUGAUGACCCUCGCCGCCGCGCUGCAUGUCGUGGCGCUGCCGUACGUCGACCUGGACGACCCCGCCAUGCACCCCGAAGCCAAGUUCCGACCGAAUGUGCUCAAUUCCAUCGUGUUUGUCGUGUCCCUGCACAUGCAAAUCAACACGUUUGUCGCCAACUACCAUGGAGCGCCGUUCAUGCAAUCGUUCGCGCAGAAUCGGCUCUUGGCGAGAUGGACGUACCUUGCCUACUCCCUCGUGUUUGUGGCGGUGUGGGAGAUCUUCCCCCCGCUCAACGUCAUGCUCGAACUCGUCUUCUUGCCGUCCUUUGAAGUGCAAGCGACUCUAACUUUGAUCCUACUUCUUGACACUGCGGCGGUGCUUGGUUUCGAGACCGUCGUCCAGUGGCUCACCGCGCGGUAUCCCGCACUCAUGGCAUAAGUGGAUGUUCACGCGCAUACAUGCCUUGCUUGGCUGUGACGCCCCGUCGCCAUCUCGGUCGGUGGAAUCCUCAAUCAGUCGCGCAACCACCAUCAUGCUGCCGACCGGCGCGAAGGAAGUUUGGGCAUGUGCUGACAGUUACACUUUGACGUCCAUUUAAUUAUACUAUAGAAUGUAUAUAGCGUUGUGAAAAUAUAAAAAUACAUGCACCAUCUUUUGUCA